AUGUCUGUUUGGUCUGAUUCCAAAAUCAGCAACUCCACCUUCCUCCUCACGGGUUUCCCUGGCCUGGAAAAGGAAUAUCCUUGGAUCUCCAUCCCCUUCUCCUGUAUCUAUGCUAUGGUACUCGCCGGGAACUGCUUGGUCCUUCAUGUGAUCUGGACCGAGGCAAGCUUGCAUGAGCCCAUGUUCUACUUACUGGCCAUGCUGGCCCUCACUGACCUGUGCAUGGGACUGUCCACAGUGCACACAGUGCUGGGGAUCCUGUGGGGGCUCAGCCAAGAGAUUGGACUGAAUACCUGUAUUGCUCAAACCUUCUUUGUCCAUGGGCUCUCAUGCAUGGAAUCUGGAGUGCUUCUUGCCAUGGCCUUUGAUCGCUUUACUGCAAUUUGCAACCCUCUGAGAUACACAUCCAUUCUCACAAAUGCCAGAAUCAUCAAAAUCGGUGUGGCCAUUUUGGGAAGGAGUUUCCUUUUCAUUUCUCCUCCCAUUGUCCGACUGAAGUUCUUCUAUUACUGUCGUCCCCACAUUCUCUCUCACUCAUUCUGUCUGCAUCAAGACUUGCUACGGCUGGCCUGCUCUGACAUUCGGUUCAACAGUUUCUAUGCCUUAGCACUGGUAAUCUGCACACUUUUUCUAGAUUCUGUGCUUAUCCUCAUUUCCUAUGUCUUGAUCCUGAAGUCAGUCUUAGCUAUUGCAUCCCAGGAGGAGAGGCUCAAAUCAUUGCAAACAUGUGUCUCCCAUCUCUGUGCAGUACUGGUUUUCUACAUUCCAAUAAUUGGACUGACCAUGGUACACCGCUUUGGGAAGCACCUCUCUCCUGUGGUUCAUGUUCUUAUGGGUAACAUCUAUAUUCUUUUUCCUCCCUUGAUGAACCCCAUCAUCUAUAGUGUGAAGACUCAGCAAAUCCGUAGCAGGAUCAAGAGAUGGUUCACUCUGAAAAAUAACUGA